UGUCUGCGCUAUUCUGCGACUCUAACAAUCACGGCUGAUAGACGUUUUUUUCUGAUACCGUGGCGGGAGAAAUCUAACCAUGCCGGACCGCCACUUGCCAAUCAACAUAGAGGAAACACUGUGUUCUUAUUGUACCAACACUGGUUGUUCCAUGGCCUAGUUUAGAGGAAAGAUGUAAACACUCGGGGCGACGAUGUAGCUGUGUUUUGGGGGUGAGGAGUGUUGUGUGUGGUGGGUUUGGUAGCAGACAAGCUGACAGAAGAUGAGCUGACUUUGAGGAGUGUCUUGCAGCUCCAUAUAAAGCAGUUGGGGACAGAGAGGAGGAGGAGGGGGAAAAAGGGGGUGAGAAAUGGACAGGGCCAGGAACAGAGGACGAUUGUGAAACAGGAACAGACGGGGGCAAUGCCCUCGAUCAGGAGAAAAAGCACUAUGGAGAGGAGAAAAGAGGAGGUCAAAACUUCCCCAGUGGAGUUAUGUAACUGCUGCCAGGAAUUGGCCAGGCCUCCCGGAGUGAUGAGGCAACACUGAGCCCAAGUGUGUAUAAAUACCAAAAGGCUCUGCAUACUCAACUAUCAGACAGCUGAAGGACUCUAAAGAGCUGACAAGGGUCACCAAAAGAACUGAAGAAAUCCACUUGCCCAGACAAACACCAUCCAUCACAGGAGCUGAAGAAUACAUUGAAGAUAUUGUGGUGCUCUUCGGUGGCCCGACACCCAUGAGAAAGAAGACCUAUCAACUCUAACCUUCAAAGGCUUUAAUAACCAUUCAAACACCUUAAAAUGAAGGCAUUUAGCAUUGCAGUUGCAGUGACACUCGUGCUCGCCUUUAUUUGCAUUCUGGAGAGCUCUGCGGUCCCAUUCGCCGAGGUGCAAGGGCUGGAGGAGGCAGGGAGCAAUGACACUCCAGUUGCGGCAUAUCAAGAAAUGUCAAUGGAAUCGAGGAUGAUGCCGGCUCACACCAGGCAGAAGCGCCAGAGCCACCUCUCCUUGUGCCGCUGGUGCUGCAACUGCUGCAGGGCCUACAAGGGCUGCGGCUACUGCUGCAAGUUCUGAAGAUUCCCGCAACAAGCUCUUAAUAUAAAUGUAUUACUGUUUUUUUUUUGUCUUUACGACAAGAAAUUACCUUUUCUAGACCUCCUUUUCCAAUGCAUUGCCUGCGCUACACUGUUUUGUAUCAUGUUUAGAGAGGUAUGAUUCAAGCUAGAGCACUGGGAGAGAAAAACAAUGAACAGCUAUUUUUAGUAUUUAUUUUGUAUGUUUUAGUACUUUCAACCUGUAAGUCUUUUUGUAAACUCAAUGAUAUGUAAAUUUGUUUCUAAAAAUAAUCCAGCACUGAGAGUUUCUUCAUCUAAAUGAAGUCUAACAAGUUAAUAUUUGGUGUUGAAUAAAUAAUGACCAUUUGAA